AUGUCUGUCAUUCAACAGGGGACGGCCACGCUUCGCAAAGCAAAGAAAGUCGUUGUCAAAACAUGUCUGGACAACCCCUUUGUUUUUCAGUGGAAAACCAUAGAAGGAGAAGAUAUGCAUUUUAUACUACAGACUUUAGAAGAAAGGAUUAAACAUGUUGGAAUUAAAAAGAUUGAGACUCAAAGAAAGAAGAAACGUUCCCUCUCAAAAAAGCAAACGGGAAGCGCGUGUGAUGCUAGCGCCGAUGAACUCCCUCGGGAAGCGGGGACAGAAGGCCAGCAACAGAAACCAGGAUGGACUGACAUCAGUAUCCGCAGACAGCUUGCUAUUGGGGUGAACGAAGUCACAAAAGCAUUGGAAAAAAACGAACUACUUCUCCUGCUGGUGUGCAAGUCUGCAAAACCUGCCAUGAUCACAUCGCAUCUCAUCCAGCUGAGCGCAAGUCGAGCCACGCCGGCCGGGCAGGUUCCCCGCCUCAGCCAGACGGUCGCCCCGCUUCUUGGCUUAACCUCCAUCUUAGCACUAGGCUUUAAAAAGCAGUCUGAUAAAUUUACCGAAGCAAUAGAAGCAAUCAUUCCAAAGAUACCAGCUUUGGAAGUGCCGUGGUUUCAGUACAGAGCUGAAGAAUCUUAUGCGCAAACAGAUUGUUCAGAAAAUCAGGAGCUGGAGCAGCUGGGGGAUGAGCUCACAAGCCAGAAGCGGAAGCGUGUGGAAAGCAAUCAGCUCAGUCUCUCAGAUGUAAUGUUGCAGCCUUUGAAAAUCAAGAAAAUUGUUCCAAAUCCAGAUAAGAUAAAGAAACCCCCUCGUAAAAAGAAAAAAGCUUUUUCAGCCUAA